AUGUCAUCUGGCCAUAAAAUUGAUGUAAUGAAAUUUCAAAUCUUAUGCAAAGAUACAGCAAAAAUGUGCAAGGAGCCAGGUCGUUAUGUGGACAAUCUGCCCGCCACCGAUGUCAUCAUCUGCUUCCACAAUGAGGCGUGGUCGGUGCUGUUGCGUACAGUGCACUCCGUGUUGGUUCGCUCGCCUCCACAUUUGAUUAACGAAAUUAUACUCGUCGACGAUUUCUCCGAUAUGCCACACACCAAACAACAGCUGGAAGAUUACUUCAGCGCCUACCCGAAGGUAAAGAUACUGCGUGCCCUCAGCCGUGAGGGCCUGAUACGAGCGCGUCUGCUGGGUGCACGCUAUGCCAAAGCGCCGGUGAUAACAUACUUGGAUUCGCACUGCGAGUGCACAGAAGGUGAGUGUGUGAGAAACGAUUUAUAUGUGUGGGCGAGCUGGCUUGAACCACUACUCGAUCGCAUCGCUCGCAAUAGCACCACUGUGGUUUGUACGGUCAUCGAUGUCAUUGAUGAUACAACAUUGGAGUUCCACUACCGUGACUCGGGCGGCGUAAAUGUGGGCGGUUUUGAUUGGAAUUUAAAAUUUAAUUGGCAUGCAGUGCCGGAACGUGAACGCAAGCGGCACAAGCUAGGCAUACUCUAUCCAUUCACAUUGAACACCGCCUAA